AUGCAGGACAUUAUUGACCAUUUACCCAAAUUGCCUGAAAUCCAACAACAAAAACUCACUAUUCCUGAAUUCGACGAAAUUGAAGUGAAACCAACUGACUCAGUAGAAAUAAAGAAGUUCAUACGUAAAGUAAAUUAUGAAUUCCUUGGUUUUCAUUGCAACCAUAAGGUUAUGGACAAAGAUUGCGACAUGGUAUAUAAAAACAUUUCUGACAUAUAUAAAUCUGAGGAGUUUAAGACUUACGAUAACUUUGUUUCAUUAGUUGCAAAAUGUGUUUGGGAAAUAAGAGAUAAAGAUAGAAGAGGCAAAGUAUGGAACGAACAAAUAAGACCCGCUAUGUUUGAGAUGAAGAGAGCAAUUGACGCCUUAGUUGUUUUAGCUGGUUUUAUUUCAAUGUAUAACGCAAAAAUGAACCCGCAAUGUUCAAAAUGUAAGGCAGCAAUUAGGAAAUAUAACUACUCAGUCAAAGAGAUAGAAAGAAUGAGAAACGACUAUGCAGACUUAAAGAAAGAAGUAGAGAAACCAGCAGAAGAUAAAAUGGACAUGUUAGCAUUUCUGAACAAAAACUAUCCAACAGUAGAAGAUUUCCUUCUAUCUGACGUCAAGAAGAAAUAUAAAGAGACUUUCGGCAUUGUUAAAACUUUUGACAUACUGACAGAAGAAAUAGAAGCUACGAAAUUGUUUAGGAUUUCAAAUAUACAUCGUACAAUUCAUGUAAAACGCUUGUGA